CAAAAGCGCAGCGAUCGCAGGAGGAGGGUGCGCUCUUUCCUUCCAGCUUUCCUUCCGAGCCUUCCGAGCAACAGCGCAUGGGCUGAGCAACAUCGCUCCCGCAGAUACCCUCUCACACACUCUGACCAGAGCAAAAUGCUGCGGCCCGUAUGUCGCAGAACGGCCAUGGCAGCAGCUCCGUUGGCCGCAAACGUGCGCACCGGGUGCUGCCGUAAUGUCAGGGCUUUAUGUUCCGCUCGCCAUCCGCCGACGAACACCGGUAGCCCUCCCCCAAUAGCGUCCUACUUGCCCUACCUCUCAUCCCCACGUCGCUUCCUCAGCACUCCCGCCGCUACCCUGCAGGACUCCGCCUCACCACACCACCCACCAUCGCCUCCAAAACCCGACCUCAAAGCCCUCCCCAACAAGUUCACAAUCCUCGGCCGCCCCUACACCCGCCACGCCCACACCAACGUCACCCCUACAAUCAUCUCCAAAACCGACCGCCGCCUACACCUGCAACCCAACCACCCCAUCAACAUCCUCAAACGCCGCAUCGAGUCCCACUUUCCCUCCUUCACCCCCAUCGACUCCCUCGACCCCGUCGUCACCACCCAGCAGAACUUUGACUCCCUCCUCUUCCCUCCGGACCACAUCGGCCGCGCGGCCACGGACACGUACUAUGUGAAUGCGAACCAGGUGCUGAGGACGCAUACGAGCGCGCAUCAGGCCGAGGUGCUGCGGAGGAGGGAGGAUGAGGCGUUCUUGUUGACGGCGGAUGUGUAUCGACGGGAUGAGAUUGAUGUGAGCCAUUAUCCGGUGUUUCAUCAGAUGGAGGGCGUGAGGACGUUCAGUAGGAGUGAGUUGGAGAGGGAGGUUAUGCAGGAUCCUGUAAUGAAAGACUCUGGAUCAUCGUCAUCAUCAUCGUCAUCAUCAAUCCAAGGCGCCGUCCUCUCCCCCACCAACCCGAUCCAACCCGCCCACACUCGCACCGACGCGCUCCUCGUCGACCUGCACCUCCGCACCUCCCUCGAAUCCAUGGUCCGCUCCCUCUUCCGCGAAGACCCCGACCUCCAAAUCCGCUGGAUCGAGGCUUACUUCCCCUUCACCUCCCCCUCGUGGGAGAUGGAAGUCCUCUACCGGGGCCAAUGGCUCGAACUCCUCGGCUGCGGCGUCAUCCAGCAAUCUAUCCUUGACUCAUCCAACAACGCCGACCGGGUCGGGUGGGCGUUCGGACUCGGCCUCGAACGCAUCGCGAUGGUGAUGUUUGAUAUACCCGACAUCCGAUUGUUCUGGUCGCGCGACGAACGGUUCCUGAACCAGUUCAAGGCGGGCGACAUUGUCAAGUUUCAGCCGUUUUCGAAGUUUCCGGUCUGUUAUAAGGAUAUCUCAUUUUGGUGCCCCGAUGGGUUCCAUGAUAAUGAUUUUGCGGACAUUGUGAGAGAUGUCGCGGGGGAUAUGGCGGAGGAUGUUAAGCUGAUCGAUAAAUUCCAACACCCCAAAACCAAAAAAACCAGCCGCUGCUUCCGCAUCAACUACAGAUCCAUGGACAGAACAUGCACAAACGAGGAAGUCGACCAAAUCCAAGACCAGGUCCGCCGAUUAGCCGAGGAGAAACUGGGCGUCGAGUUGCGCUAAAACGUGUUCCCGCGCCUCCUCUGCCCUCCGCCCCCGCCGAUACCCCUUUUUCAUAGACCCCGUAGAGAAAAGGGAUAGCGUGUACAUACAGACAGUAGAGAAGCUUGUGAGUGUAUCCGCUAGAGACCCAGCAAUCUGUUCUCGAAUUGUCCAGGUCUUGCCACGAGACAUAGAUGUCACCUAUGAAAUCCCAGCGUAGCGAACGAGUCGCUCGUUAUGAAGGGAGCACCCGACGCGGGCGGAACACGGAGAUGAGAUCACUGGCGAACGAAGCGGG